CUCUUACGCACCAUUUCGCUGCGGGUGAACUUCGUGGUGGAUUCGAGGAAGUAGCUGAAGCGUGCGCUCACUUCCCAGAUUGUCAACAACAACAUGGUGUUAAUUCCAGUCAUAUCCAAGCUGAAUGGCAAGCGUGUUGUACUGGCUAGUGCAUCUCCAAGGCGGCUGGAGAUACUCACCAACAUAGGUUUACAGUUUGAAGUAGUGCCUUCAUGGUUUAAAGAGACCUUGGACAAAACCUUGUUUAAAGCACCUUAUGAAUAUGCAGUGGAGACGGCAAAGCAAAAGGCUCUGGAGGUGGCUCAGAGAAUGCCCUUGAAACACCUUAAAACUCCUGAUAUUGUGAUCGGAGCAGACACUGUUGUGACAGUCGAUGGAGUGAUUUUGGAAAAGCCCAUAGAUAAACAAGAUGCCUACCAAAUGCUAUCCAGAUUGAGUGGAAAAGAACACAGUGUAUUCACAGGAGUGGCCAUACUCCUUUGUAAUGAAAGAGAAGGGGGUGCUACAGAAUACAAAGCUGUAGACUUUUAUGAGGAGACUAAAGUUAAGUUUGCGGAGCUGUCCGAGGAGAUGCUCUGGGAGUACAUUAAUAGUGGAGAACCCAUGGACAAGGCUGGUGGUUAUGGGAUCCAAGCGCUGGGUGGAAUGCUUGUGGAAUAUGUGCAUGGGGACUUUCUUAAUGUGGUCGGCUUCCCCCUCAACCACUUCUGCAAACAGCUCAGUGCAAUUUACAUCAAGCCUUCUGAGAGCCCCACUCACAAGAUAAAGGGAGAAGACUCGGCAGUGUCUGCUGCGUCCAGGACUUCAGUGACCAGCCCAUCCAACUUCAGCAGCUCAGUCUCUGCUGGCCAGAUGUCUGUACAGGAGCAGGACAUGGUGGGACCAUCGUAUACCAAAAGCAAUAAUGAGGGUUUGCCCCACAACAUAGUGGAUCUUCUGGAUGGAUUCAAAGCCUCAAAGACCUUGUUCACAGCAUGCAGGCUGAAGGUGUUCGAUGUUCUGAGAGCCUCAGAAGGCCUCAGAGUGAAGGUGGCUGCUGAGCGCAUCGGUGCCUCUGUGACGGGCACAGAGCGCUUGCUGGAUGCUGCAGUCUCCUUAGGGCUUCUACACAAGCUCGGUCAGGGGGAGUCCACUGUGUACAGAAACACUGAGCAUGCCAGUCAGUUCCUGGUAACAGACAGCCCUCUGUCCCUACAUGGGUAUAUCCUGCACUGCAAUAACGUGGUCUGGCCCCUAUUUACUCAUCUUGAGAGUGCGGUCAGAGAGGGGACCAAUCAGCAAGAGAGGGCCUUUGGGAAGAAGACAGGGUACCUCUUCCAGGAUGGCUAUUUUAAAAAGGAUGAAGUUGAGAUGCAAUUCCUGAAUGCUAUGCACAGCACUGCGAAGGUGACUGGGCGAGCUGUGGCAACAGCAUUCGAUCUGUCAGGCUUUAAAACAGCCUGCGAUGUUGGAGGAUGUACUGGGGCCAUGGCGUAUGAGUUUAUCAUAGCUCAUCCUGGUUUGUCUGUAAUAGUUUUCGACUUGCCAACAGUUAUUGAAAUGAGAAGCCACUUCCUGCCUGGAGAACAAAAUGACAGCGUGUCAUUUGUUGCAGGUGAUUUCUUCAAAGAUGACCUUCCCAAAGCAGACCUGUACAUUCUUGCACGGAUUCUCCAUGAUUGCUCAGAUGAGAAAGUGGAUGAGUUGUUGAGUAAACUGUCUAAGGCAUGCACUACUGGCUGUGCUGUGCUCCUAGCUGAGACUGUGCUGGAUGAGGCCAAGACUCGGGCCUCCAGGGCCUACAUGCAGUCGCUCAACAUGCUGGUGCAGACAGAAGGCAGGGAGAGGAGCUCAGCCCAGUAUAAACAGCUGCUGGAGUCCCAUGGAUUUUCCCGGAUGAGAGUGUGUCACACAGGAAACUUUUUAGACGCCAUAUUGGCCUACAAACAGUAAAGUUUGGCCUACAAACAGUAAAUGUUCUUGAGUUGUCUUAAUGUUAAAGAAUAGAAAAAUAAACAAUUCUUUGCUGUUUAA